UUCCUUAAUGGACUCUGUAUAGAAUCGACUACUGUGGAUUUCUUUUGAGGUUGUUUAAAGGGUGCAAAAUUCUGCUGAGUGCAUACAAACUACCAUCGCCAAUGACAUAAACUGUCACUAAACAAAAUCUGCCUGAGAAGGGCGGAGACUCAUUGAUAUAACAGCUAACAGGUGCCCAUUUGUGAAAAUAUUAUUGGCUGGGAACGUCACGUGACUGUCAUGGCAGCUCCCAGGCCUGGUAACACCGACCGAGGGUGGAAUGACCCUCCCCUCUUUAACUAUGGGGCUGCUGCUCAAAGCCAGGCCUCUCCCCGACGUACCGCUCUCAACAAGAGAGUAGCUUAUCCCAUGGCAACACCCCCUUCAGCUGGUGAUGGCACUAGUAUGGCUGCCAGCAUUCUGAAUCCAGCUGAAGGUCCCCCGAAACUAGGAAAUGUACAACUAUUACCUCCUGCUGUAAACACAAGUACCCCCACCCCACUACCCGUGGUGGUCCCCACCCUCAUACCCACCCCAGAGCCUGGCUCUCAGUUGUCCCCUGGGCUGCUCUCUCACCCGGGGGUGGCCAGGCCUGUGGCAGAGAACAGGGAGACGCUGGAUGACGUGACCGCAAGGCUUAACGUGGAGGGUGAGGCCGGCCUCUUGUCUUACAUACAGGAGGCUCUGAAGACAGUGAGGGACAAGUGCAGUGAGCAACUCAAGGGUCGGGCGGCAGAGGACGUGUCGCGGAGGAUAGCACUGCUGCAGGAAGUGUGGCAGGGGGGACAAAUCUCUCCACCUGUCAAAGUCCGCGUUGCACAGCUCGUUGAAGCACUGAAACAGAACAACCUUGACCUUGCGAAUAGCAUCCACUUGUCUUUAAUGGUGGAUUAUACAAAUGAGGUGAACCAGUGGAUGGUUGGCAUCAAGAGACUUAUCCAAGAGCUGUACAACUUGCGAGAACAGAGUAUACCCACAGAACAACCUAGCCCCUCCCCCUCAGGCGACCCCCAGGGUCAAGGUCAGACCUCGGAAACCUUCACUAAGGAACAGCCAGUAGCUGGUGACAGCUAAACCACAUAUCACCAGCCUCGUCCUGCUUUUAUUUAUUUUUGUUACAACUCGGUACUUGUUCAUGUUCAGGCCACCGGAAGAUUAACAUGCCUUUUUAUCCUUUUACAUUUUUAAAAAAAAUCUUGCUAAAGUUUUAUUGAAUACAUGUUUGAGAUUCUAGUCAUCUCUGAUUGCUUGGCCUGGUGCCAGCGUUUAGAGACCAGGAAAUUAUCUCGAUGUUUCCCGUGAGGGACAAUGUACACACGGAUGGAGGGGCACCCAGUUACCACAGAUGUAGCCUCCACGUACCACAUUGGUAGAUUUGGCUGUCUCUUAUCAUGUGACACUCUCAUCGUGUUGUUGGUAAGUCUUAACAUGGAGAACUGUUGGUCAGGUACCUCGUAGGUCAAGAUGUAGCCAUUAAUGCUUCAGCUCAUCUUGUCCCCUAUGGAAUCUUCCUUGACCUUGUCAUGUAAAAGUUAAGAUCAGGCACCUGACUGAUGAAGUCACAAGGUUGGUUUGUAGUUGUAAAGUUUAUCCCAUGAAAAGCAAUUUCAUGUUCUUUCCUUCACUUUCGAAAAACAGUAUAAGGCCUGAGAAACAUUUGACCCUUUUUAUCAUCCUACCCCCUCCCUUGUCCCCACCCCUCCCCACCCCAGUGAGGGUGUAUUCUGGCAGUCAGCUGGGUGGCCUGAGCGCUGAAGAUGUACUUAAGAUGUACUUAAGGUGCUUCAUAUAGAACUAUAUUUGGUCCGUCCUAAAUAGUCUUCUCAUAAUGUUAAUAUGGUUGCAGUUUGCAUUCUGUUAGUUAUUGUAGUCCGUAUAGCCACGUGUACACAAGUCCCAAACACAUUAUUAUAUGUCUGAGUACACUCGUAGGUUUGUUGGGGCUUAUGUGAGAAGCAUCACUUAACAAUUGUCUAUGCCAUAAUUGUUAUUAAGAAAUAAUGGACAUAUAUUUAAAUAUUUCUAUUAGUCUCUGGAUUCUAGGAAGGCCUAAUUGGGUGAUUUAUGAUAUAUUUAGCCUUGUUGAACAUAACUCUCUAGCAUAAUAUCCCAACAGGACCCGAGCUGAUGCCGACUCACAGAAGUCCCACUUUGUUGAAACUCUAAUCUUAUUAAAAUCAGAUCUAAGUUCUUGUUGCCGCUAAACAAAGAUCUGAGGACAUCCCAUUACGGGUCACGUCAGAACGACCAUUUGCAAGCUUUGACCGACUACUGAAAUGACUAACAAGAAGUCGACAUCAGCCAAUUAGAAAGCAGCUUUCUCGAGCUUUACGGCACACGUUUCAACCUGGCGACUUCCAUUUCAGACUAUGCUUGAAAAAUAUGUUGACACAGUUCUCGUUUAAAUUUUUUGAAACUGAACAAAUGAACAUUCCGGAAUGUCUACAAUACGGUUGAAAUUGUAUGGCAGUGCUUUCCAUGUACUGUGCAAUGCCUCCUCCAUUCAUAUGUUUAUGAGAGAGAGAGAGACGAUAAUUUUAACGGAAUCAGUCGUAUGGGCCGUAACUGUUGUUCAGAAUACCCCGUGUUAACGUUUACGAGGUUGCAUGAUCAGAAAACACAUUCUGACUGUCACUUUCACAAUCUGGUAAGCGAUGCCAUGAUUUGUUGGAUGAAAGCUCAUUCUGAAGUGAUCCGUAAUGGGAUGUCCUCAGAUCUUUGUUUAGCGAUAGCAAGAACUGAGAUCUGAUUUACUGAGAUUGGUUGAAACUGUGAAUAUGCCAGCCAACCUUCAGAAUUCAGCUCCACAAAGUCUAGAAAAAUAUUUAUGAAAUUUUGUUGGAGGAUAAAGCUUGAAACAUGCCAUGUGACAUCAGCCUAGCAACAAGGUUGCCGGGGUCAUCAAGUGUGCAUAAGCUCCUCUCAGUGAUCUAUCAUCUCUACACAAUGUCAUUGGAUUAGCCUCGUGAUGUUGAGAGUAUUUAAUAUUUGUUUUUAAAUAUAGCAAGCGCUAAUUUAUCCAAAGGUUGCGAGUUCAAGUCUGAUGGAUUCUAACAAAGACGGAUAGUUUGUCCUUGUGUUUUAUGACCAAUGGCGGAGAUCAUUCUCACGCGAGGUUGUGGUGUUGAAUUCUAAAGGUGCUCUGAAUAUGUGGCUAAGGUCCUGUAUGGUAUGCUUGUGUUGAUGAAACUGCCUUGCAGGUCCGACCUGUUACUGUUACAUACUGUCUGGUAUGUAUAUUGUCAUUCAAACUUACUCUUGACCUACUGAUUCUGGUAGGUUCUAUAACUGUCAGAGCCAACCAAACAAAGCUGUAUCGCUUUUUGAACCACUUGAAGACACAAUAAUACUGACACAUGUAGGAUUGUAGGACUCUUCUUUGUAUUUCUGUGUUUCUUAUCUCCACAAAUUUGCAAAUUCUUUUUAAAUUAUUGUCUUGACAUCGAGGGCACCUGAGGCCCCAUUAUCCUCAUGUCUGUGCAGAGUUAGGUCCCUUAGCAGCACCAGGAUCAUCAGCACCCUACCCGUGUUACAUCUUUGGCAUGCAUCACUUUAGGGUUUCUCUUCCACCUUGAGCGGCUGCACCACGCUGUAACUGAAAUAUUAUUUAAUAAGACUUUAAGGCAAUUUUAAAAACAACUCACUCACUUAGGGGGUAAGAAACACAAAUGCCAGCCAAUGAGGAUGGAGUCGACCAGUCAGUGUGAUACAUAGUUCUCAGAGAUUGGAGCCGGUCCCACGUCUUUCACUGCAAUUUGUUUGAAACAUUGAUAUUUUGAUGUCUUUUAUAACUAUUGUUAUACACAUAAUACAUGAAAUGGGUUUUAAUCUUUAUUGGGUAGUUCAGUUUACUGUAUGCCACAGCUGCAUCAGACCUACAUUAUAUAGGUCAAAUGCUGAUUUCCUGACAACUUGUUGUAUAGUGUGACUCUUAAUUACACAAAUGUAGCAACGAUAGCUUCUGUAGCAACGAUAGCAACUUAAAUCUACAGGAUUGUUGAUAGCCCAACUUACUUGCCUCUACGGAUGUGCAUCCCUCUUUCAAACAAGCAGUUUGUGCUGAUGUGUUUGUGUGUUUAUAAAUGUAACGUGUGGUGGUUUUGGCCUUCUAUUCAACUCUGUUUUUGUCAGCUGUCUCAGGAGAAUCUACUUUUAUCUUCCAUGAGAGGCCCUGCCCUAGGGGGGCACGGGGGGCCAGUCGUCUAAGGGCCGUGAUUCGCUGUGCAGAGUUGUGUCCCUUGGGCAUGCCAGAAACCUAUGAUUGUGGAAUCGAAUCCGGUUCGCCCUGAUUAUGUUUCUAGGUUUGUCAGCACCAUACCCAUGCUCGUGGGUUUCACCGAAGUGGUAAACGUUUGAGACCUGCAUCACUUCUUGCUCACACAUUAAGCUGACACGCCGUGAUAUAACUGUAGUACUGUAAAAAGCAGCGUUAAACCCAACUCACUCACUCACCCACCCUGACCUAGCUUCACAAGUUACCAUCCUGGAUUAUCCAGUGGAUUAUCUCUGUCCUAGUAGGAUAAAUACCCUGUUAAUUGUCACAUUACUAUCUCAUCCUACCGGGUACCCAUUCACUGCUAGGUGAACUUUGCGUAGGAGACACGACAUGUGCAACAUGUGCUUCAGUGUGGGGCAGGACCAAAGCCCUAGAAACUCCUGAGCCAAGCUACAGGACACAGUCACCCGUCUAACUACUCUCCUCAGGAUGUUAUAAUAUUACGUAGUUGUCAAAUUUCUGUCGGGUGGUGGGGUAGCCUAGUGGUUAAAGCAUUCGCUCAUCACACUGAAGACCCGAGUUUGAUUCCCCACAUUGGUACAUGUGUGAAGCACAUUUCUGGUGUCCCCUGCCAUCAUAUUGCUGGAAUAUUGCUAAAAGCGGCGUAAAUGACUGUCAUGAGGGCCACUGUGACCCACUGAUUUAAGGCACCACGAUUCGCUGUGCAGAGUUGUGUCCCUUGGUCAUGCCAGAAACCUAUGAUCAUGGGUUUGAAUCCUGGAUCGCCCUGAUUAUGUUUCUAGGUUUGGAAGCACCAUAACCAUGUUGGUGGGUUAAACCAAAGCAGUAAACAUCUGAGAUCUGCUUUACCUCUGGCUUCCCCCCACGUUAAGCUGACAUACUAGGAUAUAACUGGAAUACUGUACAAAGUGACAUUAAACCCAACUCUCUCUCACUCUCACAUGCAAAAGUUCUUGAUAAGAGCUGUUAUUGCUGUGAAUGGGUCCGCAGUACUGGAAUGGAUUUAACAAACACAGGCUAAACACUGAUGACACACUUGGGAGAGGUGUACAGCUAGACCACAUUCUUCUGACUCUCUAGAUCUAGAUUUAUUGAAAUAAAACAUAGGUACCCUGUAUUUGUUUUGUUUCUAGAAUUGCUAUUUGUGGGCAUUAUUUGUGUGAAGGGCAAGAUAUGUUAUUUCCAUCUUUUUUUUCGUCAAGAAUAUUGUCUGUCUGCAUCAGUCAAGUGUUUCUUCGCCAUGAAUCAGACAUGCCUGGGGUAGGCCCCCUACUCCGCUUCAGUUGACAGAAACAAAUUGUAAUAGUUUGUUAUAUGUUCUUCCAUGACAGGCACACAUAUAUCUGGCAAUGGUUCAAAUGUUUCAAAUACUGAAGAAAUAAAUCGACAAAGAAUUACGAUAUAGUCAGCUGCUGGAAUUAAAUGAUAUUGUUUGUAUCAGAAGUGUUAUUGUAGAUAUUAACUGGGGUGGACAACAUGGUUAGCUGUUCAUUCAGUACUUUAACUGGAACAGUCAAUCAAUGGUGAAAUGUCUUUAUUAUUUCAGAAACUUUUAAGGUCAGAGAGACAAUAAAACAAUACUCUCUAAA